UCAAAUGAGAACGACUGUACAUUUCCGUCGGCAGAUCGACAGGUUGGCCGGCCUGUUGCCUGCCCAACCGACCCAGUCUCGGUCUCGACGUCCGAAAAGCCGCCCGACCACCCCUCGUGCCCCGAAUUGAGCUCCUCCCUGCUGGCCCUCCACGUGCGAUAUGGCCACCAUUUGGCCCCGGCCUCGGACCACCAUUGCCCACCUCCCCCUCACCCUUCAUCUCGACCACCCCCCACCCAUCCCCCCACCUCUUCGGUACCAACUUCUCCGACUCUUGGGCUGGGGCUCUCAUGGCUUCAGGACGAGGCAGACGCGCAGAGACAGCGACGAGGACACCUGCAAAUUGACAGUCACACGCAUGCAUUAACGCAAACGGAGACAUGCGAUGCCUGGAGAAACUUGGUUGAGUGUGCCGUCGAAAAGGACGAUGGUGAAAGAGACGAACAAACCGGUGCAAGGCAAAAUAUGCAAAAGCAAAACAUUAAAACCUUGCAUGAAUGA